AGAAAAACACACACAGUCACACACUAAAUAAGCAACUAAAAACAACAUUCCUUCCCUAAUCAAAAUGGCAACUUUGCAGAGGUCUACAAUGUCAUACAGAAGAGAGGGAUCAUCAGGGGCAGUUUGGGGCGAAAAACUCCUGCCAGAACUGAUUUUGGAGAAAGACAGGAUUGACCCUAAUGAGCUGAGGCAUUGCCACAGUGUUGGAGGUCCAUCUAUGCUGACGAAUCAUCACAGCCAUUCAUCUUCAUCUUCAUCAUCAUCAUCAUCAUCAGAUGAUGAUGAUCAUCAUUCAUCAUUUAUAUCACUUCCUGCGGGCGCCCCGCCGGCGUAUAUUAGCCGUAGCAGCAGCUUAUCGGUAUCGGCUUUGAAGCUGCUGAAUCCUAAAUCAGUAUUUGGAGUUGGACAGAAGUUUAGAGGUGCAGGAAAACCGCCAAAAUAUGGGAAGCAAUUCCCACUUGUUGGGAGGGUAUGAAUAUGAUGAUCAUCUAGUAUUGCUGAAAACGUUACGAAAGAUAUUUCGUAACGCUUUUUUUUUGUGGAGCACAAAAUAAAUAUUUAGGUGGGGAUAAAGUUUAUAAUUUGUGUUAAGUUUGAUUCGAUUAAUAUUUAGUGUAACAAUUAUGACUUGGAUUCAUUUUUGUUGCGAGCAAUGAAUCUGCAAGCAGUGUUAAGUAG